CUGAUGGUGGAUGAACUUGGUCAUCAGUCUGUGGAGGUGACCAUGGAGGUUUUAACAGACAUGAACAGACCUGAUCUGAUGCUGAGGCUGUCAGAGAGCAGCUCAGGACGAAAAACUGACAGAAGUUCAGAGCUUGAAGGUUGUCAGAGCAUGACGCAGGACUCCAGUGAUUGGACUAAACUUGAACCUGAGGUGAACAGUACAGAUGCAGACGAGGCUCCAACUUACAGCCUUCAGUCUGCAGCAGGACACUUUGAAUGCAGAGUCUCGGGCUUGCGCUGGGUCUGUAAGGGAAAGACCAGCUUUCAGUACCAGUUUAGAUCUUGGGAGGGACACAUGGAGAGGAUGGAGAGCAGACAAUACAUGCCUGCAGGUCCUCUGAUGGACGUCACAGUCACUGCUGGGAAGUUAAAUGAAGUUCACCUGCCACACUGGAUCUGCAUCGAUGACAUUCCUGACAUAUUGGACAUGUUUGCAGUCGUUCACAUAGAUGACUGUGGAGAUGUUGUGGAAAAAGUGUCUGAGGUCACACCAUCACAUGUCAAGUUAACUGAACCAAAUUUCUCGAUAAUAGCGGCUCUGAUACGUUCCAUAUUUCCUCCAAAAAUCAGCUGUUACAUGUUGAUGUACUAUAAACCCAACACAUCAUUCCUCAAACUCCACAUCUAUCUGAUACGACAGGAUCCUGCUCUGGAACAGAGAUUUGACGACAGAGAAUCCUGUGAGGGAUUUAAAAGAAUCAGAAAGCAUCAUCCAGACAAGUACCUGCAAACUGAGCGUCUGUUCAGUCUCAGAGCCGACAACGCAAGUGCAAAGAUCCAACCGCAGGUGGGCCUACAUGUAGCACUUCAGCCACUAUGUAACCCCCCACACGCCCACCUUGCACACAGUGUUUCCUGUUCAUGGUGUAAUUUUUAAUUCCAAACAGUUUCUGCACUCAGUAACUUUUUAGCACUGCCCAGCUCUGUCUGUGCUGUCUUUGCUCCUUUAGCCAGAUCAGUCCCUUCUCCCCACACACCCGUUCCAGUGUGCUACUGUGUAGGCAUAGGAGAAGCAUAAUAAGCCAAUAACUGACAGCUGUGCCAGCCAGCCUCCCCUGGCACUGCCCCUGAACCCACUGCACCAUGCCAGCAACCACAAACCACACCCAG